AUGGAGGACCUGAAGGAGUCACCUGCUGCUGAGGACGAGAGACUGGACUAUAUAGCGGAAUGCGUCCUGAGGACUCUUAAACUGAAACAGGACAAAUGGCAGAAAUGCGUGUCCAGCGAGGACAACAGGCAGGUGCUGCAGGAGUUCCUGGACAAAGCCGAGCAGAGGACUCUGGUGGUGUCUGUGACUGCAGGAGGACAGCUACAGACCGCCUCCUCCUUCACUGGCGACUCCAAGAACAAGGCGGUGUACUUCAUAAAGCGAACCACAACCACACUGAGUCCCGAAUCCAUGAAAGAGAAUUUGUUUUACGGGGACCUGUCUUAUGCUCCACUUGACCAGUUUUCUGCUCUAGUUGAGGAGGUUAUAGCUCCACUGCUCUCCAACAGCAACAACUACAUUCAGUGGCCACAGGUUGUGGUACAGGAUAUCAAGUGUCAUGUCCACUCCCUUAAGAACAGUGUGUUUGUGGUGUCUGGCCAAAUCCAAGGCAAGACUCUGUUGCCUCUUCCCGCAGGCUCGGAGCGAAUAGACCGAGCCGCCCUCGAGACGGACAAAAGGGGGGAAAUAGUGGAUAAAAGCAUCAUCCACUCCUUGGAGUCUGCAGUGAUAGAGUGGAGCCAUCAAAUCCGUGCAAUCCUCAAAAAAGACUCCUCUGAGGCUCUGCUGGAAGGCAGAAACCCCACACCUCACACUGAGUUGCUCUUCUGGAAGAACAGAUAUGCAGAUUUUAAGUGCAUCCACUCCCAGUUAAAAUCAUGCAAGGUGAAUAAGAUGGCAGCGUUGUUGGAGGCUGUGGAGAGCUGCUACCAUGCUGCUUUUAUGAACAUGCAGCAGGAUGUCCUUGCAGCUCUCGAGGAGGCAGAAGACAUCUGCACCUACCUGAGACCCCUGCAGCCUCUGUUUACUGAUAUGGAGAAUGUGGAGAUUCCUGCUGUCAAGGGUCUAAUCGGCCCUUUAAUGCACACAGUAUGUCUGGUGUGGGCAAACUCAAGAUACUACAACACUCCAGCACGUCUGAUUGUUCUCCUGCAGGAGACAUGUAACCUCCUCAUACAGCAGGCCCGCAUCUAUCUAGUACCAGAAGAUAUUCUGAGAGGAGAGGUAUCUGAGACUCUCCAGAAAGUACAGACCACCCUGGAGGUCCUGAUUCUCUUCAAGAGCACCUAUGAGGACCGGCGGGCCAAUCUGAGGCAGUACCAGAAGAAUGGGAGCUUGGUUAGGCCCUGGGACUUUUCCCCUCCUUUGAUUUUCUCUGGACUUGACCGAUUUGUUAACAGAGUCAAAAUCAUUAAGGAUAUCUUGUUAACAGCUGUCGACCUGCUGAAGCUUGAGAAACUGGAGAUUGGAGGCGUCCGAGGUCGAGCCCUCAGCCAGCAAGUCCAACAGCUCCACCAGGAAUUUACUGACACGUAUAAGUUCUUCACAGAGAAGCCCUAUGACUGCUUGGAUGUAAACAACAUGGAGUUUGAAGAAGACGUGAGGCAGUUUAAACUGAAGGUGGAUGACAUAGACCGAAGACUCGGAGCUAUCUUCUGUCAGGCCUUUGAUGACGCCUACGGUCUGGAGCAUGCCUUUAAGGUUCUGGACAUGUUUGGCAGCCUGCUGGAGCGCCCGCUAGUGGCUACAGAUGCUCUGGACAAAUACCCUUUGCUUGUGUCUAUGUUUGACAAGGAGCUGGACUGCUGUAAAAUUCUCUACAACAAACACAUUCAAGCUGCUGAGGAGUGGGGUUCAGCUCCAGUGAAUAAGAAUAUGCCAGCAGUAGCUGGAGGGCUGAGAUGGGCCCAGGAGGUGGAGCAGCGCAUCCAGACCCCCUUCUUCAAAUUCAGACAUCUCGCCUAUCCGUGCUUGGAGACUGCAGAAGGAGCCAGGGUCAUCCAGAAGUAUGAGGAGAUGAUGCAACUGCUGGACAGAUAUUCCACCAGCUUGUAUGAGACAUGGACAGAGACUGUUGGUGAGAGUUCUCAGUACAACCUCAGCCUGCCGUUAAUCAAACGGGACCCGACCACUCAGCUGAUCACAGUCAACUUUAACCCACAGCUGGCGGCUGUGCUUAGAGAGGUGAAGUACUUAGUGGCAAGACAGACUGAAGCCAUCCCUGAAACUGCAGUGCAGAUCUACACCAUCAGGGGGCAGCUGUGGCAGUAUGUGGCUAACCUUGAACUCACUGUGGACCAAUAUAAUAAGGUGGUGCACUCUGUGCUUGAUGUGGAACGUCCUCUGAUUCAGGGCCAGCUCAGCGACAUCGACGCUCAGCUCAGAAAGGCAGAGGACAGUCUGAACUGGAACAGCCAAGGUGUUUGGGAGUAUAUCCAGGAAGUGCGAGACCUGGUGUGUGACCUGGAGAGUCGGCUCCAGAGGGCCAAAGACAACGUAGAGGAGAUUCUGAGCUGCAUGAGGUCCUGGUCCACCCCCAUAUUUGACAGGAAGGAGGGAAAAAAAGACGCUCUGCUCAGUUUGGAGGACAGGACUGAGAGGCUCGACAGAUUUUACAGUCUGAUUCGGUCUUCCGGGGAAAAAAUCCACUUCCUAGUUAAGUGCAAUUGGGCGCUGUUCAAAGCUGAGCCGUCCUCUGAGGAGUGGAAGGCCUAUGUGGAGUACAUUGAUGACACGAUCAUAGAUGGCUUCUUCAACAGCAUCGAGUGCUCUCUCAGGUUUUUCCUCGAUAACACUGACCAAAGAGCUGUCAUUGCCCCCCUGUUUGAGGCUCAGCUGGAUCUGAGGGUUCCUGACAUGGUGUUCACUCCCUCUCUGGAGGUUGGGACUAGAGAAAGUUUGUUUGAGCUGGUGGAAGGCCUCAUCAAUGAUCUGUUUGGAAUUUCUUCACUGGUGCCACGCCUCGCCCAGCAUAGUCCCUUUCCAAACUACCAGGCUGACAUGGAGGACAUGGCUGACCUGGCAGACAUGCGUAAUCUCAUCAUGGAGCGUAUCCAGGCGGCCAUGGCAACGUGCUGCGAGUUUCGCAACUCUCUGGAGCGUUACAGCUACCUGUAUGUGGAAGACAGGAAAGAGUUCAUGCGUCAGUUCCUUUUGUACGGCCAGAUUCUCACCAACCAGGAGAUGGAGAUUUAUCCUGACAAUAGUGUCUCUGAGAGUCCACCAAGUCUGGGAAACUUUAGAGAGCAGGUUGACAGUUAUGAGAAGAUAUAUGAAGAGGUGCAGGCUCUGGAGCCGGUGCAUGUGUUCCACAGGUGGAUGAGGGUGGAUGGCCGUAGCAUGAAGAGUGCCUUGCUCAACAUAAUCAAAAAGUGGAGCUACAUGUUCAAACAGCACCUUGUUGACCUUGUUACCAACAGUCUGUUAGACUUGGAGAAGUUUAUCACAGUGGUUCAGGCUGGGUUGAGCCAGCAGGUGGAGGAGGGUGAUUACGAUGGCCUGGUGGAGGUCAUGGGUAACCUGCUGGCUGUUAAGGAAAGACAGAAUACUACAGACACCAUGUUUGAGCCUCUGCAGCAAACCAUCGCUCUUCUGAAGGAGUAUGAGCAGGAGCUGCCCGAUGUGGUUUACAAACAGUUAGAGGAGCUGCCAGACAAGUGGGACAAUGUGAAAAAGCAGGCAGUGUUGGUCAAGCAGCAGGUGGCACCACUGCAGGCUGUCGAGGUGUCCAGUCUUCGUCGAAAGUGUGCUGCUUUUGAUGUUGAGCAACACACAUUCAGGGAGCACUUUCGCAAAAGCAAGCUCUUCAGGUUUGAAAGUGAAAGCCCCUACCAGAUGUUGGAUGCAUUCCACCGGCAGAUCCAGGACCGGGAGGCAAUUAUGGCCUCUCUGGUGGAGUCUGCCAGCCUGUUUGAGGUCACUGUGUCAGAGUACAGACAGCUCCGACAAUGCAGGCAUGAGGUGGUUCUCUUGAAGGAGCUGUGGGACAUGAUCACCAUGGUGGAAUCCACCAUGACAGCAUGGAGGACAACUUCCUGGAGAGAGAUCAACGUGGAGGACAUGGAACUGGAAUGUAAACGUUUUUCCAAAGAGAUUCGCAUGUUGGAUAAAGAGGUUAGAGCGUGGGAGGCCUUCACAGGGUUGGACAGCAGGGUGAGGAACCUUCUCACCUCCCUCCGGGCUGUGGCAGAGCUCCAGAAUCCAGCCAUACGAUCCAGACAUUGGCAUCAGCUAAUGGCCGCUACUGGAGUCCGCUUCACCAUGGACCAGGAGACCACUCUGGCUGAUCUGCUGCAGCUCAACCUGCACUGCUUUGAAGACGAGGUGAGAGGGAUCGUAGACAAGGCUGUUAAAGAGAUGGGGAUGGAGAAAGUCCUGUCUGAGCUCAACUCCACAUGGACAGGUAUGCAAUUCCAGUAUGAGCCCCACCACAGGACCAAGCUCCCUCUGCUCCGUGCAAAUGAGGAGCUGAUUGAGACGCUGGAAGACAACCAGGUCCAGCUGCAGAACCUUAUGUCAUCCAAGUAUAUCGCACACUUCCUGGAUGAAGUAUCUUCAUGGCAAAGCAAGCUAUCUGUGGUGGACUCCGUCAUCUCCAUCUGGUUUGUGGUUCAGCGUACUUGGACUCACCUGGAAAGCAUCUUCCUUGGCUCUGAGGACAUUCGCUCACAGCUGCCUGAGGACUCCAGGCGCUUUGAGGGGAUUGAUGCCGAUUUCAAAGAGCUGGCAAACGCUAUGCACGAGACGCCCAACGUAGUGGAGGCCACCAACAAACCAGGCCUGUUUCGUAAACUGGAGGACAUCCAGAGCAGGCUUUCUCUGUGUGAAAAGGCUCUGGCAGAAUACCUGGACACCAAGCGUCUGGCCUUUCCCAGAUUUUACUUCAUCUCUUCAGCUGAUCUGCUGGACAUCCUGUCUAAUGGGACCAACCCACACCAGGUCCAGAAGCAUCUGUCCAAGCUGUUUGACAACAUGGCUAAGAUGCGAUUUGAAACAGAUGGAGAGGGGAAUCCUUCGAAGAUUGGUCAAGGCAUGUACAGCAAGGAGGACGAGUAUGUCCCUUUCCAUCAGUCCUGUGACUGCAGUGGACAGGUGGAGGUGUGGUUAAACCGGGUGCUCGACGUCAUGCGCUCCACAGUUCGCCACGAGAUGACCGAGGCAGUAAUAGCCUAUGAGGAAAAGCCUAGGGAGCAGUGGCUGUUUGACUAUCCAGCUCAGGUGGCUUUGACCUGCACACAGAUCUGGUGGACGUCUGACGUCACUAUGGCUUUUGCACGUCUGGAGGAGGGCUAUGACAACGCCAUGAAGGAGUACUACAAAAAACAGGUCUCCCAGCUCAACACUCUCAUCUCAAUGCUGAUUGGCCAACUUACACCCGGUGAUCGGCAGAAGGUCAUGACUAUCUGCACCAUCGAUGUCCAUGCCAGAGACGUCGUGGCCAAGAUGAUCACUCAGAAGGUGGAGAAUUCUCAGGCCUUUGUGUGGCUGUCACAGCUGAGGCACCGUUGGGAUGAAAAGGAGAAGCAUUGUCUUACUAACAUCUGUGAUGCCCAGUUUCUUUACUCCUACGAAUACCUGGGAAACACACCGCGAUUAGUCAUCACUCCUCUAACAGAUAGAUGCUACAUCACACUGACUCAGUCCCUCCACCUGACAAUGAGUGGAGCUCCAGCUGGGCCUGCAGGCACGGGGAAGACUGAGACUACCAAAGACUUGGGACGGGCCCUGGGAAUCAUGGUGUACGUGUUUAACUGCUCCGAGCAGAUGGACUACAAGUCCUGUGGGAACAUCUACAAAGGCCUGGCUCAGACGGGAGCUUGGGGCUGCUUCGACGAGUUUAACAGGAUAUCUGUGGAGGUGCUUUCUGUGGUGGCUGUACAGGUCAAAAGUAUCCAAGAUGCCAUCCGCGAUAAGAAGCAGAGAUUUAACUUCAUGGGAGAGGAAGUGAAUCUUUGUCCCUCUGUUGGCAUCUUCAUCACAAUGAAUCCAGGCUACGCUGGCAGGACCGAGCUUCCUGAGAAUCUCAAAGCUCUGUUCAGACCUUGUGCCAUGGUGGUGCCGGACUUUGAGCUCAUCUGUGAAAUCAUGCUGGUGGCUGAAGGCUUCAUUAAUGCCCGGGUCCUUGCUAGGAAGUUUAUCACCCUCUAUACGCUGUGCAAAGAGCUGCUGUCUAAACAGGACCACUAUGACUGGGGUCUCCGAGCCAUCAAGUCAGUCCUGGUGGUGGCCGGCUCUCUGAAGCGAGGAGACCCUGGCAGAGCUGAGGACCAGGUGCUAAUGCGAGCUCUCAGAGACUUCAACAUUCCGAAGAUCGUGACCGACGACAUGCCUGUUUUCAUGGGACUAAUAGGAGACUUGUUCCCUGCCUUGGACGUCCCCAGGAAGAGAGACCUGGACUUUGAGAAGGGCGUGAGGGAGUCCAUCCUGGACUUGAAGUUGCAAGCCGAGGACAAUUUUGUACUAAAGGUGGUGCAGCUGGAUGAACUGCUGGCAGUGCGUCACUCUGUGUUUGUGAUAGGGAAUGCAGGCACUGGGAAGAGCCAGGUGAUGAGGUCACUCCACAGGACCUAUCAGAACAUGAAGCGUCGGCCCGUGUGGGCAGACCUCAACCCUAAGGCUGUGACCAAUGACGAGCUCUUUGGCAUCAUCAACCCAGCAACCCGAGAGUGGAAAGAUGGUCUGUUCUCCAAUAUAAUGCGCGAAUUGGCCAACAUUAGUCAUGGCGGACCAAAGUGGAUUGUUUUGGAUGGAGACAUUGACCCAAUGUGGAUUGAGUCACUCAAUACAGUCAUGGAUGACAACAAGGUGCUGACUCUGGCCAGUAAUGAGCGGAUCCCUUUGAACCCCACCAUGAGGCUGGUGUUUGAGAUCAGCCACCUUCGCACUGCCACCCCUGCUACUGUAUCCAGAGCGGGCAUCCUUUACAUAAACCCAGCAGACCUUGGGUGGAAUCCACCAGUGUCAAGCUGGAUCGACAAGAGGAAAGUCCAGUCAGAGAAGGCCAACCUGACCAUUCUCUUUGACAAGUAUAUCCCACCUUGCCUGGAAGCACUCAGGUCGAGGUUUAAGAAGAUCAUCCCUAUCCCUGAGCAGAGUCUGGUCCAGAUGCUGUGCUACUUGCUGGAAUGUCUUCUGACUCCAGAAAACACCCCGGCAGACUGUGCCAAAGAACUUUAUGAGCUCUAUUUUGUCUUUGCUGCGGUCUGGGCCUUCGGAGGGGCCAUGUUUCAAGACCAGCUGGUCGACUACAGAGUGGAGUUCAGCAAGUGGUGGGUGACCGAGUUCAAAACCAUCAAGUUCCCUACCCAGGGCACCGUGUUUGAUUACUACAUCGACCCCAAGAGUAAGAAGUUUGAACCCUGGUCCAAGAUGGUGCCCAAGUUUGAGAUGGAUGCAGACACACCACUUCAGGCAUGCCUGGUCCACACUACAGAGACCAUUCGAGUUCGUUACUUCUUGGACCGUCUGCUGGAGUACCGAAGGCCUGUCAUGCUGGUUGGAAACGCUGGCACCGGGAAGUCUGUUCUGGUUGGGGAAAAACUGGGAUCACUGGACGCAGAGAAAUAUAUGAUCAAAAAUGUCCCUUUUAACUAUUAUACAACAUCUGCUAUGCUUCAAGCUGUGUUAGAAAAACCCCUUGAGAAGAAAGCAGGGCGCAACUACGGACCCCCAGGCAGCAGAAGACUGAUCUACUUCAUAGACGACAUGAACAUGCCUGAGGUGGAUGCAUAUGGCACGGUUCAGCCUCACACACUAAUACGCCAACACAUGGACUACAACCACUGGUAUGAGCGUAAUAAGCUGCUUCUGAAGGAAAUACACAACGUUCAAUACGUGUCCUGCAUGAACCCCACAGCUGGCAGCUUCACCAUUAAUCCACGGUUGCAGCGCCACUUCUCAGUUUUUGCCCUGUCGUUUCCCGGAGCCGAGGCCCUGAGCACCAUCUACACCUCCAUUCUGUCUCAGCACCUGAGAGGAGAGGGUUUCAGUGCUGCCCUGCAGAAGAGCUGCUCCACCCUUGUGCAGUUAGCCCUGGCUUUGCACCAGCGCGUCUCCUCCGCCUUCCUCCCCACCGCAGUCAAGUUCCACUACAUCUUUAACUUGCGAGACCUCUCCAACAUUUUCCAGGGCAUUCUCUUCUGUACCGGUGAGUGUCUGAAAGCCCCCCUAGACCUGCUGAAAAUCUACCUGCAUGAGUCGAACCGGGUCUACAGAGACAAGCUGGUGGAGGAGCAGGACUUCCAGCUUUUUGAUAGGCUGCAGGCAGACACAGUAAAGAAGUUCUAUGAGGACAUGGAGGAGACUCUGGAGCAGACCAGAGAGAUGAACCUGUACUGCCACUUCGCCCAUGGUCUGGGGGAGGCCAGAUACAUGGCUGUAAAGUCCUGGAGCAGCCUAAGUAAAACUCUGCUGGAGGUGCUGGAUAGCUACAAUGAGGUCAACGCCACCCUAAACCUCGUGCUGUUUGAGGAUGCCAUGGGUCACAUCUGCCGGAUAAACCGAAUCCUGGAGUCUCCACGGGGUAACGUGCUGCUGGUCGGAGUGGGCGGCAGCGGCAAGCAGAGUCUGACCCGGCUGGCUGCUUUCAUCUCCAAUCUGGAGGUCUUCCAGAUCACCUUGAGGAAAAGCUACAGUAUCGCUGACCUAAAGAGUGACCUGGCGUCCCUCUACGUGAAAGCUGGCGUAAAGAAUAUUGGCACCGUGUUCCUAAUGACUGAUGCCCAAGUGGCAGAUGAGAAGUUCCUCGUUCUGGUCAACGAUCUGCUGGCAUCGGGAGAGAUCCCUGACCUGUUCCCAGAUGACGAGGUGGAGAACGUCAUUGGCAGUGUGCGGCCAGAGGUCCGUGGCUCUGGGUUGAUGGAUACGAAGGAAAACUGCUGGAAGUUCUUCAUCAAUAGGGUUCGCCGACAGCUCAAGGUGGCUUUGUGUUUUUCUCCAGUUGGCAGUAAACUGAGGGUUCGCAGCAGGAAGUUCCCAGCAGUAGUCAACUGCACAGCGAUCAACUGGUUCCACGAGUGGCCACAGGAGGCUCUGGAGUCGGUCAGCUUCAGGUUCCUCGAGGAGGUUGAGAAUAUCAAUCCCCAAGUGAAGGAGUCGAUCAGUAAAUUCAUGGCUUAUGUCCACAUGAGUGUCAAUCAAAUGUCGAAGGAGUACCUAGCCAACGAGCGGCGCUACAACUACACCACGCCCAAGUCUUUCCUGGAGCAGAUCAAGCUGUAUCGCAGUCUGCUGGGACAGAAGAGCAAAGACCUCACCAACAAGAUGGAGCGGCUGGAGAACGGUCUCCAGAAGCUUAACAGCACCUCUGCUCAGGUGGAUGACCUCAAGGCCAAGCUGGCUGCUCAAGAAGUGGAACUCAAGCAGAAGAAUGAGGAUGCUGACAAGCUUAUACAGGAGGUUGGGAUAGAAACUGAGAAGGUGUCCAAAGAGAAGGCGGUGGCUGAUGAAGAAGAAAAAAAAGUGGCUGCCAUUGCUGUGGUAGUCAGUGGCAAACAGAGAGACUGUGAAGAAGACUUAGCUAAAGCCGAACCAGCCCUGCUUGCUGCUCAGGAUGCCCUUAACACUCUCAAUAAGAACAACUUGACUGAGCUGAAGUCAUUUGGCUCUCCAGUGGCAGCAGUGACCAACGUCACAGCAGCAGUCAUGGUCCUGAUGGCACCUGGUGGCAAAGUCCCAAAGGAUCGCAGCUGGAAGGCUGCAAAGGUAAUGAUGGCCAAAGUGGACACAUUCCUGGACUCUUUGAUUAACUUCAACAAGGAAAAGAUCCCAGAGGCUUGCCUUAAGGCCAUUCAGCCUUACCUGCAGGAUCCAGAGUUCCAGCCAGAUCUGGUGGCGUCCAAGUCAUAUGCAGCGGCGGGUCUGUGCUCCUGGGUUUUAAACAUCGUCAAGUUCUACGAGGUUUACUGCGAGGUGGAGCCCAAGCGUCAGGCUCUAAGCAAGGCCAAUGCAGAGCUGGCGGCUGCACAAGAGAAGCUCGCCGCCAUCAAAAGCAAAAUCAAUCACCUUAAUGAGAACCUGGCCAAGCUCACAGCCAAGUUUGAGAAGGCCACUGCAGACAAGCUCAAGUGCCAACAGGAAGCAGAAUCAACCGCGCACACCAUUUCCCUGGCUAACCGUCUGGUGGGUGGUCUAGCAUCAGAGAAUGUUCGCUGGGCAGAGGCUGUAGAGAACUUCAAGAAGCAGGAAAGGACUCUGUGUGGAGAUGUUCUCCUCAUCACCACCUUCAUCUCCUACCUAGGAUAUUUUACCAAGCGCUACAGGGUCCAGCUUAUGGACAGCACCUGGAGGCCUUAUCUCAGUCAGCUGAAGGUUCCUAUCCCAGUGACGCGUGACCUGGACCCUUUGACAUUGCUGACUGACGACGCUGACAUUGCUACAUGGCAGAAUGAGGGGCUACCUGCUGACAGGAUGUCCACGGAGAAUGCUACCAUUCUUACUUCAUGUCAACGCUGGCCCCUCAUGGUGGACCCCCAGCUGCAGGGCAUCAAGUGGAUCAAAAAUAAAUAUGGUGAAGACCUGCAAGUCAUCCGCAUCGGACAGCGAGGGUACCUAGAUGCCAUAGAGAGAGCGCUGGCAGCAGGUGAUGUGGUUUUGAUUGAGAACUUGGAAGAAAUGCUAGAUCCUGUUCUUGGACCUCUGCUUGGCAGAGAAACCAUCAAGAAGGGAAGGUACAUAAAGAUUGGAGACAAGGAGUGCGAGUACAAUCCCAGUUUCCGUCUCAUUUUACACACCAAGCUUGCCAGCCCUCAUUAUCAGCCAGAGCUGCAGGCCCAGUGCACCUUAAUAAAUUUCACAGUGACCAGAGACGGUCUGGAGGACCAGCUGCUGACUGCCGUGGUCAGCAUGGAGAGACCUGAUCUGGAACAGCUGAAGUUUGACCUGACGAAGCAACAGAACGACUUUAAGAUUACUCUGAAGACGUUGGAGGACAACCUGCUAUCCCGUUUGUCUUCAGCUUCAGGAAAUUUCCUCAGUGACACGGAGCUGGUGGAAAACUUGGAGACAACCAAACGCACAGCUGCUGAGAUCGAAGAAAAGGUAAAAGAAGCCAAGGUGACAGAGACCAAAAUCAAUGAGGCUCGAGAGCACUUCCGACCAGCAGCAGCACGGGCUUCCUUAUUGUACUUCACAAUGAACGACCUCAAUAAAAUCCACCCCAUGUAUCAGUUCUCUCUAAAGGCGUUUAGUGUGGUCUUCCAGAAAGCAGUUCUGAAGGCUGAGCCUGCGGAAGGUCUAAAGCAGCGGGUGUCCAACCUAAUUGACAGCAUCACCUCCUCAGUCUUCCAGUACACCACCAGAGGCCUAUUUGAGUGUGACAAGCUCACAUACAUCGCUCAGCUCGCUUUCCAGAUACUCCUGAUGAAUAAAGAUAUAAACCCUGUAGAGCUAAACUUCCUCCUGAGGUACCCUGUCCAACCAGGUGUAACAUCACCAGUGGAGUUCCUAUCUAACCACUCCUGGGGGGGGAUCAAGUCUCUUUGUUCCAUGGAUGAGUUCAGAAACCUGGACAGAGACAUUGAAGGCUCAGCCAAACGCUGGAAGAAGUUUGUAGAGUCCGAGUGUCCGGAAAAAGAGAAAUUCCCACAGGAAUGGAAGAGCAAAACCUCACUCCAGAGACUGUGCAUGAUGAGAACCCUGAGGCCUGACCGCAUGACGUACGCUGUCAGAGACUUUGUAGAGGAGAAACUGGGAAGCAAGUAUGUGAUUGGCAGAUCACUGGACUUUGCCGUCUCCUUUGAAGAGUCAGGUCCAGCUACGCCCAUGUUCUUCAUCCUCUCUCCCGGAGUUGACCCUUUGAAGGAUGUGGAAAAACAUGGGAGGAAGCUGGGCUACACAUUUGACAACAAAAACUUCCAUAAUGUCUCUCUGGGUCAAGGUCAGGAAGUUAUAGCUGAACAAGCCCUCAACUUGGCAGCUAAAAACGGCCAUUGGGUCAUAUUACAGAACAUCCACCUCGUGGCUCGUUGGCUGGGCACCCUUGAGAAACUUCUGGAGCAGUACGGAGAUGGAAGCCAUGAAAAUUUCAGAGUGUUUAUUAGUGCGGAGCCCUCAUCAACCCGCGAGGGCCACAUCAUCCCCCAGGGUAUCCUGGAGACCUCCAUCAAGAUCACCAAUGAACCACCUACUGGCAUGCACGCAAACCUGCACAAGGCCCUCGACAACUUCAACCAGGAUACGCUGGAAAUGUGCGCAAGGGAGAAUGAGUUUAAGAGUAUUUUGUUUGCCCUUUGCUACUUCCAUGCGGUGGUGGCAGAGAGGAGGAAAUUUGGUCCUCAAGGUUGGAACAGAUCAUACCCCUUUAACACCGGAGACCUCACCAUUUCUGUCAACGUCCUCUACAACUAUCUGGAGGCAAAUCCAAAGGUGCCGUACGAUGAUUUGCGCUACCUAUUCGGUGAGAUCAUGUAUGGUGGUCACAUCACAGACGACUGGGACCGGCGUCUGUGUCGCACGUACCUGGAGGAGUUUGUUAAGCCCGAGAUGACGGAGGGGGAGCUGUACCUAGCACCUGGUUUCCCCUUGCCUGGAAACAUGGACUACAACAGCUACCACCAGUACAUCGAUGACAACCUUCCUCCUGAGUCCCCUUAUUUGUAUGGCCUUCAUCCCAAUGCUGAGAUUGGCUUCCUUACACAAACCUCAGAGACACUUUUCCGCACUGUCCUGGAAAUGCAGCCGAGGGACAGAGGAGUCGGUGAGGGAAGCGGGACGACGCGUGAAGAGAAGGUGCAUGCAGUGCUGGAAGAGAUACUGGAGAAACUCCCAGAGGAGUUCAACAUGGCUGAGCUUCUAGGGAAAGCAGAGGAGAGGACUCCCUAUCAGGUCGUGGCGCUGCAGGAGUGUGAGCGUAUGAACAUUCUCACCCAGGAGAUCAGAUGCUCUCUUCACGAGCUAAGCCUUGGACUUAAGGGAGAGCUGACCAUGACCAGUGACAUGGAAAACCUUCAGAAUGCUAUCUUCCUGGACAUGGUGCCAGAGAGUUGGACCAAACGGGCAUAUCCCUCCAUGUCUGGCCUGGCCCUGUGGUUCACUGACCUGCUGGCCAGGAUCAGGGAGCUGGAAGCUUGGUCAGCUGAUUUCAUCUUACCUUCUGCAGUGUGGCUGGCUGGCUUCUUUAACCCUCAGUCCUUUCUCACAGCCAUCAUGCAGGCUAUGGCGAGAAGAAACGAGUGGCCCCUGGACAGUAUGUGUCUGCAGUGUGAUGUCACAAAGAAGAAUCGCGAGGACCUCAGCUCUCCACCUCGUGAAGGGGCCUACAUACACGGGUUGCACAUGGAGGGUGCACGCUGGGACACACAGACUGGCUUGAUUGUGGAUGCCCGUCUCAAAGAGCUCACCCCAACCAUGCCGGUCAUGUUCAUCAAGGCUAUCCCAGUGGACAAACAGGACAACAGAAACCUCUACCAGUGCCCUGUUUAUAAGACUCGUCAGAGGGGACCCACAUACGUAUGGACCUUUAACCUGAAGACCAAAGAAAACCCCUCCAAGUGGACCUUAGCUGGUGUGGCUCUUCUUCUACAGAUCUAG